CUCCCGUUCGCUAUCGCCGCCGCCUCGGUCGGAGUUCGCCGCCGUUCCCGGGCGCCCCGUCCUCCCUCCGGCGGUGUAUGAGUGAUUCGUAACCCCGACUCGCCAUGUCCACUCCGGCCCGUAGGCGCCUCAUGCGAGACUUCAAGAGGCUGCAGGAGGAUCCCCCGGCCGGGGUGAGCGGGGCUCCCUCCGAGAACAACAUCAUGGUGUGGAAUGCCGUCAUCUUCGGGCCCGAGGGAACCCCGUUCGAGGACGGAACAUUCAAACUUACAAUAGAAUUCACAGAAGAAUAUCCAAAUAAGCCACCUACUGUUAGAUUUGUCUCUAAAAUGUUUCAUCCAAAUGUCUAUGCAGAUGGUAGUAUAUGUCUGGAUAUUCUUCAGAAUCGUUGGAGUCCUACUUACGAUGUCUCUUCCAUCUUAACAUCCAUACAGUCUCUGUUGGAUGAGCCAAAUCCCAACAGUCCAGCAAACAGCCAGGCAGCUCAACUAUACCAAGAGAACAAGCGGGAAUAUGAGAAACGGGUUUCUGCAAUAGUAGAACAGAGUUGGCGUGAUUGUUGACCCAGGAUGAUGCAAAUGAACACUCUGGUGAUGAGGAAAGUAUAUGAGGUGUCUGAGUCAUCUUCAUCCUAGCAUCACUGCAUUUACUUUGAAAGCAGAAUAGCUGUUGUGCCGUUGCCACCCUCCCUUGCUGAAGCUUCUUCUCCUUGGACAUAAUAAAGCACCCACUUUGAAGUCAAA